CAGAGCUGAGACAGGAGAAGCCAGUUGCUGACUUUGCUGAAGCACUGCACUACUUCGGGCGGGGGGGAGGGGGGGAAAAGGCGUUAGAGGGGCUGACACUACAGUGCCAGGGGGAAUCCCCCAAAGUGGCUUCUUCGGUUCUGCUCUUUUUUCAGCAUGUGGCUCAGAGACGCUGUUACUGGGAGGGUUUAAUGGUGCCCCGGUGGGUUCAGUUCUGCCAGGAGGGGCCUGGCCUUGGUGCUAAUAAUCUAAGUGGGUUUCUUGCCAGCGUGGCGGAGUCCGGCAUGUCUGUCUGCAGGGAGAGAGCCUGGGUGGAAUCAGGGUGUGACAUGGACUGAAGCCCCUUCUGUAACCUCCCCCAUGGCCCCUCUCGCCCCGACAGGCUGAGGAAUCACAUCCAGAUUUAACUCCAGAUCCUCCCGUCGUGCAGGAGGCGGGGAAGGGAAAUGGCUGUGAUGGAGCCAGCUCAGAUGCCGGUGACCUUCGAGGAGGUGGCCGUGUAUUUCACCCAAGCGCAGGGAGCUCUGCUGGACCCCACUCAGAGAGCCCUCUACAGGGAUGUCAUGCUGGAGAACUACGAGACGGUGACCUCUCUGGGAUUUCCCAUUCCCAAACCUGACCUGAUCGCACAGCUGGAACGAGGGGAAGAGCCGUGGGUGCCCGAUCUCCAGGCCGGCGAGGAAACAGCGGUCCUGAGAUGCACCUGCGCAGCAGGUGCUGAGAGAGUCGGUGAGAAAGAGGAGAAUCAUCAUGAGGAAGCUCCUGAGGAAGUGGAACCAGAGUGCACAUUUAUGAGAAGAGCUGAAGGGAAUUUUUCCCAGUGCUGGGAAGAGGGAGAAGCCUGGGGAAAUUGGCACAGGUUAGAGAGGCUGAUGGGAAACCACUCAGGGAAGAGAGUGGAUGAAUCUAUUAACUGUGGGGGCGGAGACAAGGAUCCCACAGCCCAGUGGACAAAUCCCAAGGAAGAGAAACCCUACCACUGCCUGCAGUGUGGGAAAGGAUUCACUGUGAGAUCACAGCUUGUUACAAAUCAGACAAUCCAUGUGGAAGAGAACCCCCUUCAAUGCUUGGUCCCUGGGAAAAUCUUCAGUAUCUGCUCAGAUGUUAAUAACCAUGGGAAAAGCCACAUAGGAGAGAAAUCCUAUCAAUGCCUCGAGGGUGGGAACUGUUUGAAUUCAGCACUAAUUACACAUCAGAUAAACCACACAGGAGAGAGACCCCAAAAGUGCUUGAGCUGUAGGAAAAGUUUAGGAAAAACAUCAGCCCUUGUUAAACAUCAGGCAUUCCACACAGGAGAGAGAACUCAUAAGUGCUUAGACUGUGGGAAAAGUUUCAGAAACACAUCAGACCUUGUUAGACAUCAGGCAAUCCACACAGGAGAGAGACCCCAUAAGUGCUUAGACUGUGGAAAGAGUUUCACACAGCGAUCAUAUCUUUUAACACAUCAGAGGAUCCACACAGGAGAGAGACCCCAUAAGUGCUUAGACUGUGGGAAAAACUUCAUAUGGAGGUCAGAGCUUGUUAAACAUCAGAGAAUCCACACAGGAGAGCGACCCCAUAAGUGCUCAGAGUGUGGGAAAAGUUACACACGGCGUUCAGACCUUGUUAGGCAUCAGGCAAUCCACGUAGGAGAGAAACCCCAUAAGUGCUUAGACUGUGGAAAAAGCUUCAUACGGAGGUCAGAACUUGUUAAUCAUCAGGCAAUCCACACAGGAGACAGACCCCACAAGUGCUUGGACUGUGGGAAAAGUUACAUAUGUAGGUCAGAUCUUCUUAGACAUCACGCAGUCCACACAGGAGAGAGACCCCAUAAGUGCUUAGAGUGUGGAAAGAGUUUCACACAGCGAUCAUAUCUUAUAACACAUCAGAGGAUCCACACAAGAGAGAGUCCCCAUAAGUGCUUAGACUGUGGGAAAUGUUUCAUACAGAGGCCAGACUUUAUUAAACAUCAGGCAAGCCACACAGGAGAGAGACCCCAUAGGUGUGUGGACUGUGGAAAAAGUUUCAUACGGAGAUCAGACCUUGUUAGACAUCAGGCUAUCCACAUAGGAGAGAGACCCCACAAGUGUUUAGUCUGUGGAAAAGGAUUCUUGCGUAGGUCACACCUUCUUAGACAUCAGAAAAUCCACAUGGACAAGAGACCCGACAAGUGCUUAGACUGUGGGAAAUGUUUCAUACAGAGAUCAAACCUUGUUAGACAUCAGUCAAUCCGCACAGGGGAGAGACCCCACAAGUGGUUGGACUGUGGGGAAAUUUCACGCAGAGAUCACACCUCAUAAACAGGAGAGAAUCCACACAAGAUCUAAACUUCUCUGACACAGAGACAGAAAGUGUUAAGGAAAUUGCAUAUCAUUGACCUAGAUGAAAUCUUUAGAGACAUGUUAGAAAAGUGUGUCCUCCUCAGAUGAACUAGAGCUUCGAGAGGUAACCGUGUAUUGUUAAAGACAUGGAAGAAGAUGGUAACUGUAGUAGUCUCUGUUUAGCUGUAUCUUGUUAGAGGUUAACAAUGGAAAUAAACGGUUCCUGUCUAGUGCUCUAUUCUGUGAAUUCAGAGAUCAAAAGGGAAUAUUAACAUUUAGAUAAAACUUGGUUGUAAUAAUGUCAUUGUUUGUCUCCUGAAAGUUUGUGGUAAACUGUCUUGAACUGCUUUAUGGAGAAUCACCUCGUGUUAAUCCAUGUAAUUAUUUACUAGCGAUGUUUAGGAAAUAGAAGGUUACUUCAAAAGCCUGUAGUUCAGCCAAUAACUGUGUGCUAACGAGACGCUGGAAAAAUGAUCUUUUCUUCCCUGAUCUGCCGAAGCGUUAUUCGGGGUGCGAGUGUGAGUCGGAAGACAGAGAUCUCCAGUCCCUUGUGGACCACCCUGACAUUGAAAUUGGACAUUGGACUAGAACUUGAUGAAAUGAUUAUGUAAAGGACUCUUUGCACUUCUAAAGCAUCAGCUCUACAGUGAAACUGACCAAAGGACUGGCUGUAUCUCUGAAUGUAUAAUGAUUGUUUAAGCAGCACACUCUCUCUUUUCUUCUUUUAAUAAAUCUUAGUUGAGUUAAUAAGAA